CUCAGCGUCGGAUCAAUCACUGUACUUCAUACUGAUCGAGCGAUCUCACUUGCCUUCUUGGAGCCGACCUCCAUUGCUACUCAUCCAUCCGACGCACAGAUAUCCUCCCGGUGCUUCCCCGGCGUGGAACAGACUCUUGUGGUCCAAGCUCUGCAACUUUUGGCUUCGAUGGAGGGCGCGGCGUCAACGCAUCCUCAAGCGCCCGAUCACCUGAACAGCACAGGCUGCGUGAUCAAGUAUUCGCCAGGGAAAGGGAGAGGAGUCUACGCUGCUAGAGAGAUUCUCUCACGGACUCUCUUGGAGAUUAGCCCCGUCCUGCUCUUCGAUCGCAAGGAAUAUGCUGAACAUGGACGACAUACGUUGCUCGAUCACUAUACCUUCGUCUGGAAGGAUGGGCGUAUGGCGCUUGCGCUAGGUCUCGGCUCCCUGUUCAACCACUCAAGUGCCCCCAACGUAUCCUACACCCUCGACCCCACCACCGAGUCGAUCCGCUACACAACUACACGGCACAUCCUCCCCGGAGAGGAGCUCUGCAUAUUCUACGGCCACAAGCUGUGGUUCGCCGAAGUGGACGCGGUCGACGGACCCCGCAACAUACCCGACGCGGACGUUCCAACCGAUGACGGCUUCGGCGGGUUGGCAGGCUUGGAGAUGGACAAAGUCGGCGAAGAGAAUGCUUUAGCUGGGCCUUCCAACGGCCCUACCGCGAAAUCCAUCCUAGGACCAUGCCCAUACGACGAUGGACCGGACGACGAUCUCUUGCAGGAUGAGGAUCUUCCAUUCAUUUGGCUCAAACCACCGCCGGAAGAAGAGGAACCUGGGAGCGUUCGCACAAUACGCGCCUGGGCCGUUGAUAUCCCUGAGCCGAGGGGGACGGGGAAAGCGCUGAAAUGGCUCAAGGACAGCAAGCUAGAGGCCGCCACAGAAGCCACGCUUGGUCAUCUCAAGCGUAUACGCAAGCACGGGAUCACAGACAAGCGCGCAAAGCCGGCCUCAUCUCAAGGGCACGACGAAUCGGACGCUGGCACGGCGACCGCGUCCACUUCAGUACCCACCUCCACCCUUCUCUUUACCACCUCGCCCGACCCUCCUGUCAUCCCACCCGUACUCGAACUCGGCGAGCCAUACGAAGUCACCGUCCCCGCCUUCGCCGCCCAAACCCUUACCUCCCUCGCACUGAAAUCCGCGCUAUGGCCGACCAACUACACUCCUCGCAAGAAGGACGAGAUCCCAAAGUGGACUAGGGGACAGGCGAGGUGCGCCUGGCAGGCAAUGCGGCGGGCAGUCGAAGGAGGCUUGAAAGCCAAAGAAGAAGGCGAGCUUCCGGUGUAUGCCUGGAUACCUGCGGUGGAGGGGGAGACACCUGCGUUCGGUGCGAGGGAUACGCGAAAGGGAACAGGGCAUCCGUUGCGGCAUGCGGCCAUCGACGUUAUCCGCCAGGUGGCGGAGUACAGGGCGUCAACACCUGCAACUUCGACGUUGUCGGCCAAAAUAAGUCUGCCAGAAAAUGCGACGAUACCAACCGGGGCGCAGCAAGAGAAUGACGACACGUCUGCGGCGGCUAUAGAAAGGGCAGACGAUGCCUUACCAGCGGCCCAAAAUGGACAAGACUACCUCCUCACCGGUCUCACCCUCUACCUCACGCACGAGCCCUGUAUCAUGUGCAGCAUGGCGCUGCUACACUCAAGGGUGAAGGAAGUGAUAUACCUCCUUCCUAUGAAUGCAACUGGCGGAUGUGGUGGCGCGGCGUGCUUGCCGUGGUUGCAGGGGGUGAAUCAUAGGUUUAGGAUAGGGAGGUGGAAAAAAGAUGGUCAGGGAAAGGACGCACUAGCGAUAGAGGACAAUGUUGACGUAUAGGUUAGAGGGUGUUCAGGCAAGCUCAUUUCAGACCAUGAAGCAUGCGUGAGGAUGGGUGAUAUGCGUGUUCGUGCAGGAACAGUAUGUGAGACG